GGUCGGACCGUAUAUCUUAUCGAUAAGGUCACACUGGACUGCAGUGCAGUCAAAAUUUGUUGAUAAAAUAGAAAUUAGAUAAUAAGGCUAAAUUAUGUUUAAAUACUUGACACGGUCAGUGCGCCUGACCUCGCGGGCACUCACGCAUUAUAAUUAUGCCACCAGCAGCAGCAGCAGCAGCAGCGGAAGUGGAAAAAAUUCCACUGGCGGACAAUUGGUUGCCGUAACCAAGGCUAUGGAGGGAUGGUCGCAGAAGCUGCAGGACGCUGGCGUCUCAGACACCGAAUUCAAUUUGAAAUGUAUUGUGUCGCAUGUGCUGAAGCGUAAAUUUAACACUGUUCCCGACAACUUUUCCCAGCUGCACUUCGAUCAGAAACAACUGGCAGACUUUGAGCGCUUCCUGGAGGCUCGCUGUGCCCGUAUGCCGCUGCAGCACAUCAUCGGCGAAUGGGAUUUCUUAGACAUUACCUUAAAGACAGCGCCCACUGUGUUCAUUCCACGCCCCGAGACGGAGGAGUUUGUGAGUCUGGUCAUUGAGAACUACAAAGAUGUGAAGCAUGUGAAUAUGCUGGAAGUGGGCUGUGGGUCGGGCGCCAUGUCACUGUCCAUGCUGCAUGCACUACCGCGGGUUGAGGCCACGGCUAUUGAGCGGAGUAAGGCGGCCACUGUUUUGGCUGCGGAGAAUGCCAAGUUGUUGGGUCUUCAGGACCGUUUCCAGGUGCACAAUCACACCAUGGAGGAGGACCAGUACAUGCCAGAGCCACUGAAGGACAAGAAGUACGAUUUGAUCAUAUCGAAUCCGCCCUACGUGAAGACGGAGGAGUUUCAGUUUCUCCACCCCGAAGUGGUUGUGUAUGAGAACCUCAAUGCCUUGGAUGGCGGCUCGGAUGGUUUGAGAGUGGCUCGCCUGGUCUUUGAUCUGGCCUGCCGGCAUUUGCAUUCCGGGGGCAAACUCUGGCUGGAGCUGGGCAACGAGCAUCCACCGCUGGUUAAAACGAUAAUGCAUCUCAAGUACGAGGGUCGCCUCAACUUUGUGGGCAGUUAUUACGAUCAGUACAAGCGCGAGAGAUUUGUCCAAAUUGAGAAGGUCUAGAUCUAGUCUGGACACUGCAUAGAACACGGCUUGGCAUUUGCUAGUGACCUAUUUAUGACAUAAUUAAUGCAAUUACAAUUUAGUCUAUGCCUAAGCAUUUAGCUGUGAUUUGAACCACAACCUCACACAACCUGCAACCUGCCCAGAGGCUCAUAUAUAGUAUAUUUAUAUAUAUUCAAUAUAUAUUAUAUAUAUUGCACCUUAAUCCUUCAACGAUCUUUUCAAAUAUACCCCAACAUAAGCUGGCAACGCAUGUAGCUUUAAGCACAAGUGAAGCGAGAGAAAGCUUUUUUUUGUGGGGACGGACAGGCGGGACGCAGCAACAAGUGUUUUUGAAGCCCCACGGUGGCGUGGCGGCGGCUCUGUUCAGUAGAGAAUCGAAGCUCGCCGCGCUCGAAGCGGAUCUGCUGGAGUCGUUGAACGCGGAUCUAUAUUACAGUCGACGCCGUGUCGUCUCCGUUGGCGUUGCCGUCGCCGUGGCUAUUCAAUUCAAUUGACGAUCCGAGAGCUGCGAUCUGCGGAUCUGUGUGGUGUGGUGUGUUGUGUUGUGCUAUGCUAAAAAAUUUGACAACUACGCGCUUCGCAUGCCUAAGGAGGAGCGGAGCUGUUGCAUAAAUGAAAGUUUGGGGAUAAUACCAGUGGAAAGCACACACACGGAGAGAACGAGAGA